GUUGUGACGUUUGAUAGAAAGAGGAUUGACUUUGCCUCUGGCUGUCUCUACACCUUGGUUAGAGAUUCCUGCUCUAACUUGGCAAAACUGGGGAAACCAGCAUUUGAAGUUCAGGCCAGAUUUUACCACAAGAAUGAUGCCAUGAAGGAACGCGGAGUUGCUGUGAUCAGAGAACUUUUUGUUACAAUUGGAGAUCAGACAGUUGGAUUCCUGCAGGAAGAAAAGGUUAUCCUAAAUGGCGUUGUUAUUGGACUACCAGCUGUUGUAGCUAAUGGGGUUCAGGUCUUCAGAUCUGGAAAAUAUGUGCGACUCAUCUCCAAGGAACACGGACUCAAAGUGUUAUUUGCAAGAGGGUCUAUGGUGAAAAUAAAGGUUCAAGAGAAGCACCAGGAGAAAGUGUGUGGUAUCUGCGGUAACUACAAUGGUAAACUGGAUGAUGACCUUGUCUCUGGGCCCCUCUGUGAUGCUCCAGGCAAAUCUACCCAGAAUAUGAACACACUGACCACAUCCUGGAUGGUGGAAGAGCCAGAGAAUGCUGAGUGUGAGAAGCUUUGUGACAUCGCUCUGGAAGAUCCUUGCACCACAGACAUAGACCAGACUGAGGCAGAGGGACUCUGCCAGGACAUGAUCAAUGUUCAAUUAGUCAACAAAUAUGAGAAAUUCCAGGAGUGCAUUACAUUAAUGAAGUCAACAGGUGUAGAUAUUAUAGCAGAUUACCUGGAAUCAUGUUCAUUUGACACUUGUGCCACCUUACCUGAAGUUGAGGCAACACUUUGUGAGUUGGCUCAAGGCCUGACCACCGACUGCCUGGAGGGUGCCGGGAUCAAUAUAGACAUCAGUCGCUGGAGAAUGGAAAACGGAUGCGUUGAGAAAUGUGGUGAGAAUAUGGUGUACAAGAGUUGUGGUUCAGCUUGCCCAGAGACCUGCUCCUCUCCACUUGACAAACAAUUCUGUACACUACAAUGUGUACAAGGCUGCUUCUGUGCUGAAGGCUUUGUGCUGGAUAAUGACAAGUGUGUCAAGAAGAAGGACUGUGGCUGUGUCAUGGAUAACAAGUACUACAGUAUUGGAGAAAGUGUUGUAAAGGAUGGCUGUAGUGAGAAGUGUGAGUGUAAGAGGAAUGGGAAGAUGGACUGUAAGCCACUAAAAUGUGAUGCUAACGCUGUCUGUGCCAUACAGGACUUUGUCAAUGGCUGUUUCUGUAAGGAAGGAUUCGAUGGGGAUGGCAUUCACUGUAAUGAUAUCAACGAAUGCACAGAAGACCCGGUCCCUUGUGAUCCAAAUGCCAAGUGUAAGAACACAGAUGGUAGUUUCACCUGCACAUGUAAAACUGGCUUCUCCGGCAAUGGAAAGACUUGUGUUGAUGACAACGAGUGUUUGAAAGGGGUAGACAACUGUGAUGAGAAUGCUGAGUGCAAGAAUACAGAGGGAUCCUUCAAGUGUGUCUGCAAGGAGGGCUUCAAGAUGAACGAUGAUAAGAUUUGUGAAGACAUUAAUGAAUGUGAAUCAGGGCGAAAUGAUUGCGACAAGAAGUCAACUAAAUGUGAAAAUACCCCAGGUGGAUUCAACUGCAACUGUCUGGAUGGUUUUGUCGCCAUUGGUCGUCGUGAAUGUGAAGAUGUUGAUGAGUGUAAGGAAGGCCAACAUAACUGUGACAAGAAUGCUGAUUGUGGAAAUCGUAUCGGUGGGUACAGCUGUACCUGUAAGCAAGGCUAUGAGGGAGAUGGACGUACUUGUAAAGAUGUGAAUGAGUGUGAGAAAUAUGCCAGACCUUGUGAACAGAAUGAGGACUGUGAGAACAUUGAGGGCUCUUACACCUGUGAUUGCAAGGAAGGCUUUGCUAUGGUCGAUGAGGAAUGUAAAGAUGUUGACGAAUGCGCAGAUGCUAAACUUAAUGAUUGUAAAGCUGAAAACAGUGAGUGUAGAAAUACCAUUGCCUCAUAUGAGUGCGGUUGUGCAGCUGGCUACGAAGGUGAUGGAAAGACAAAGUGUGAAGAUAUCAAUGAUUGUAUCCAGCCUGGUCCACCUGUCUGUGGGACCAACUCCAAAUGCACAAACACUGCCGGUUAUGGCAAUUCCUUCACUUGUGAAUGUGAGAAAGGCUACACCAGCCCAGCACAAGAUAACAGGAACUGUGUGGAUAAGAAUGAGUGCACGGAUGGGUCUCACGACUGUCACAAAGAUGCCGUUUGUGCAAACACUGAGGCGUCAUUUUCUUGUACUUGCCAGAAUGGAUUUGAAGGAGAUGGAAAAACCUGCACAGACAUAAAUGAGUGCACUGUGACACCAGAUAUCUGUGGGCCUAAUAGCAAGUGUACCAACACCCAUGGCUCAUUUGACUGUGCUUGUGUGAAAGGGUAUGAGUUAAAAGGGGAGUAUUGUACGAAUAUUGACGAAUGUGCUCGUCCUGAACUCAACGACUGCGAUGCUCUGGCCUUCUGUACUGAUCUGGAAGCCACCUUCCAAUGUCAGUGUCACCCAGGGUAUACCGGAUCUGGCAAAGAAGGAGACUGUUCACCUGUGAAUGAGUGUGAGCUGAAGUUAGACAGUUGCACCAAGAGACAGACUUGUUCAGAUUUGGACCCUGGAUUUGAGUGUUUGUGCAAAGAUGGUUUUGAGCAAUUUGGAUCUGACUGUCAAGAUGUUGAUGAAUGUGCCAAUGAAGAUGAUGACUGUAGUGAAUUUGCCAAUUGUGAAAACACAGAGCCUGGAUUCAAGUGCUCCUGUAUGACAGGUUUUGAAGGAGAUGGUAAAGAGUGUAAAGAUAUAAACGAGUGUGACAAAACCUGUAAGGACCAAGGUCAGAAGUGUACCAACAUGGUUGGAGGUUACACCUGUGAGUGUGAAGAAGGGUACGAGCCGAUGCCGGACGGAAGCUGCAAGGAUGUGGACGAGUGUGCUGAUGAACCAGGACCCUGCUCGGACAAUAUGAAGUGUGAAAACACACCUGGUUCCUAUGAGUGCUCCUGUGUGGAAGGCUUUGAAAUGGCUGAUGGCAACAAGCAGGAAUGUAAAGAUGAGAAUGAAUGUGAAAGAGAAGAGGGCAGCCCAUGUGCUGCGGACCAGAUCUGUGAGAACCUCAAGGGAGGAUACUCGUGUAAAUGUACUUUGGGAUUUGAGAUGGCAUCUGGAAAAUGCAAAGAUAUUAAUGAGUGUUCCAAUCCACAUACCUGCAAUGGAAAUGCCUUGUGCAGCAACAAUGAUGGGUCGUUUGAAUGCACAUGUAAGAAGGGAUUCACUGGAGAUGGUUUUACUUGUGAUGAUAUUAAUGAGUGCACAGAUGGAACUGCAGAUUGCAGUCCGAAUGGAGUCUGCAAAAACUCACCUGGUACAUAUGAGUGCAACACCUGUAAAGCUGGCUUUAAAGGAAAUGGCAAGGAAUGUGAAGACAUCAAUGAAUGCCAAGAAAACAAUGGUGGCUGUGACAAGAACGCCCAGUGUGAUAACUUCGAAGGAGGUUUUGAAUGCACUUGUUUAACAGGAUUUGCUGGUGAUGGUCAAACAUGCAAUGAUGUUGAUGAAUGUGACGAAAACACAUUUGAUUGCCCUCCAUACAGUGACUGCCAGAACAAGCAAGCGGGAUAUGAAUGUAUCUGUAAAACUGGCUACAAGAUGGAAUAUGAAGAGUGUCGCGAUAUUAAUGAAUGUGCUCAAGAAAACUCUCCCUGUGGCAGAAAUGCUCUGUGUGCAGACACAGAGGGCUCCUAUGAAUGCUACUGUGACGAGCCCUAUGAAAUGCAUACAGAUGGCAAAACAUGUCUGGCUCCUAAUGACUGCACAUAUGACCCCGACAGAUGUGGUGAAUAUGAGGUGUGCGUGAAGCAAGACGAAGGGGCUUUGUGUCAGUGUGAGCUGGGCAUGAGGAUGACAGUGACAGGAUGUGAAGAUGUUGACGAAUGUAUGGAAAACAAGCGCCUUUGUGCUAUGGGGAAGGAGUGCGUGAACACAGUGGGCAGUUUCGAGUGUCGGUGCAUUGAAGGAUAUGAAAUGAAAGAAGGUGGUCAAUGUGUGGAUGUUGAUGAGUGUCAGACUGGAGCUCACCUGUGUGAUGACAGUGCUAAAUGCAAGAACACAGAUGGCGAUUAUGAAUGUACCUGUGAGAAAGGCUUUGAGAUGUACGAGGACAUGAUGGGCAUCAAGUCUUGUCUGGACAUUCUGGAGUGUGACAUAGGCCAGCAUGAUUGUGAUGUCAAUGCUGACUGUGAAGACGUGCCAGGGUCGUACACUUGUGUCUGUAGAAAGGGUUUUACAGGCGAUGGAAAAUCAUGCAAAGACAUAGACGAGUGUGCUGGACCUAAUGGCUGCAGUGACAAUGCUGUCUGUGUUGACGGUGUUGGCACAUACUCCUGUGAGUGUGUGAAAGGUUACAUUGGAGAUGGAUUCACUUGCAGUGACAUUGACGAGUGUAUUAAUGGUGAUGAUGACUGCGCUGAGAAUGCAGAGUGUGUCAACACGGAGGGUGGAUUCAUCUGUCAGUGUAAGGGAGGCUACUCCGGCCACUGCGAUGCAUGUGAAGAUGUUGAUGAGUGUGCCGCAGGCCUGGCUGAAUGUGAUGAGAAUGCUGAGUGUUUUAACCUGGACGGAACCUAUACCUGUGGCUGUCCACCAGGAUUCCAGAUGGUCUUCAAGUUCUGCAUAGAUGUGAAUGAGUGCAUUCUGGGUAUUGAUGAUUGUGGCCGCAAUGGGGACUGUAAAAACACAAAUGGCUCCUUCGAGUGUAUCUGUCACCUUGGCUAUGAAAAAGAUAAGAAUGGAUUCUGUUCUGAUGUCAACGAGUGUGCCAGUAAUGGUCAAAUCUGUGAUGAAAAUGCUGGCUGUUUUAACACUGAGGGAUCAUACGCUUGUAUCUGUAAUGUUGGAUUCAAGGGAGAUGGGGAAACUUGUGAAGAAAUUCAUCCAUCUAACUGUGGGGGUCAGGUCUGCCACUCAACAGCCAGUUGUAAGAAUAACAUGUGUAUUUGUCCCCCUGGUGCCAGAGGUAAUCCCAUUUUUGGAACAGAGGGGUGUACAGAUAUUGAUGAGUGUGCAGAGAAGACCAACGAUUGUGACCCGAAUGCCAGCUGCAAGAACAUUGCUGGGUCCUACACCUGUUUCUGUAACUCUGGAUUUGUUGGAGAUGGCUUCACAUGUGAAGAUGCCCGUCCCCAGGCCUGUGACUCUCCUACAGCUUGUGGUGAAAAUGCGGAGUGCAUAGAUGAUGGAGAGGGCAAGUAUCACUGUGAAUGUCCAGAGGGAUUUGAAAGUGUCAGCGAUUACGAAUGUAUAGAUAUAGACGAGUGCGCUGAACCACUGUACUGUGACUUUGACCAAGUGUGCUACAACACCCCAGGCUCCUUCCAGUGUAUCUGUGAAGAAGGCUACAGAUAUGACACUGACAGCGACUACUGCGAAGACAUUGAUGAAUGUGAAGAGGGCACCCAUGACUGCGACGAGAAAUCAGAUGGUUCAGGCAAUAGUUUUUGUUCCAACUAUGAUGGUGGCUAUGAUUGUUAUUGUAAGCCAGGCUUUGAGGGAGAUGGCCGGAUAUGUGUAGAGUCAAGUGAGAAGGGGUGUAAGAAACAGUGUGGAGCAGGCCAGUACUGUGAAAAGGUUGGCAGUGAAGAGAAAUGUCUUUGCCAGACUGGAUUUGAAGCCAAGGGGGACGACUCCUGUGUUGCAAUCAACCGCUGUCCAGAUUUAUGUGACCAAAACGCAGUUUGUGGUUAUGACCCGGCAGUUGGCUCUGAAUGUACGUGUAAUGAUGGAUACCGUGGUAACGGACGCUAUUGUGAAAAUGUGAACGAGUGUGCUGCAGAAAUGAGUGAGUGUAGUGAGGACGCCCGUUGUGAGGACACGGUUGGUUCCUACAAAUGUAUCUGUCCACCUGGGUACUCUGGUGAUGGAUUCACCUGUCAAUUUGGAACUUCAGAUGACGACAACUGUGGGUGUGGUGAAAAGGGUGUUUGUGUGGACAAGGCGAACAGAAUCUGUGAAUGUGAUGUGGGCUUUGAGUUUGUUAGUUGUAAAACAGAGGAUCGAUGUUCAGAUGUUGAUGAGUGUGCUCGUAAUGGAGCCUGUCAUCCUCUGGCACAGUGCAAAAACUCUGUUGGCUCUUACACCUGUAAAUGUAACCCAGGCACUGAAGGAGAUGGAUACAACUUCUGCAAUGUUGAGGAGUGUGCUUCUAACCCCUGUAGCCCAGAUGCCACGUGUACAAACAUACCUGGAGGUCAUACCUGUAACUGUAAUGAAGGCUUUACUGGAGACGGCUACAACUGUGAGAUAGAGGGCUCACCUUGUAAUGAUGACAAUGGUCGGUGUGGAAGUAAUGCUAUGUGCACCACUGACAGUGAACUCAGUGUGGUGUGCAAGUGUCGCUCAGGGUUUGAAGGAGAUGGUGUUGGCUGCUCAGAUGUGAAUGAAUGCGAGAGCGGCACACACGACUGUUCUAUAGAUGCCACAUGUACUAACUACGAGGGAGGCUUUACCUGUUCCUGUAACAAAGGAUUCUUUGGAGAUGGAAAGACCUGCACCAACAUCAAUGAAUGUGAACUGGGUAUUGAUGACUGUUCCGAUUUUGCAAACUGCCAAGACCUGGUUGGAGGCUUCAUGUGUGAAUGUAUGGAAGGCUUUGCAGGCGAUGGGAAGACAUGUGGCAGGGACUCUGGCUGUUUGACUGAGAACAUCUGUGACGUCAACGCUGAGUGCCUUCUUCUUGACAACACCUACAAGUGUACCUGUAACUUUGGUUACCGUGGAGACGGGAAGAUCUGUACAAAUGUUAAUGCUGGUGAAUGUAAAGAGAUUGAUGGAGAAGAAGUCUGUGAAUGUUCCAAAGGCUAUGCAGGAGUUGAAGGCCUAUGUAAAGAUGUGGAUGAAUGUGCUGAGCGUUCCCUGAACAACUGUGAGGAAGGAUCUGAAUGCAGGAAUUAUGACGGAGGUUAUGAGUGUGUCUGUGAUGAUGGUCAUCCCGCCAAAAACGGUGUCUGUGGUGACAUUAUGGAACAAGACAUUGAUGAGUGUGCUGACUUCUCCAUGAACAACUGCCACAGAUAUGCCACAUGUCACAACGCACAACCAGGAUAUUUCUGCAAGUGUAAUGAGGGGUAUGAGGGAGAUGGUAUUGACUGUACAGACAUCAAUGAAUGUGAGAUGGGAACAGCUAACUGUGGCCUAAACAGCCAGUGUUUUAACUUUGUGGGAUCUUACGCCUGUGGCUGCCUCGGUGGUUUUGACUGGGACGGCACAGCCUGUGUGGAUAUAGAUGAGUGCGGAGAGGGCUACGACAAUGACUGCAGUGACUACGCAGACUGUGAGAACAACGAGGGCAGUUACACCUGUGCCUGCUCUGCUGGAUACAAGGGCAAUGGAAAACUCUGCUUACAGGUGAAUCCAUGUGAUGAGCCAGGUGUAUGUAACCCCAAUGCUGUCUGUACCAAUGAGGAGAACACUGCUGUGUGCACCUGUAGACCCGGAUUUGAGGGAAAUGGCAAGAACUGCAACAGAGUGAAUGCCUGUGAAACUGGAACUCACAACUGUCAUCCUAAUGCUAAAUGUGAGAAUAACAAGGAUGGUUUCACCUGUACAUGUAAGAAGGGGUUUAAUGGGGAUGGAAUCCUCAAAUGUGAUGAUAUCAAUGAGUGUGACCCGAACACACCAAAUGGUGGAGGCCAUCAGUGUGACCCAUCCAACAGCGACUGUCUCAACAUAGGUGGCGACUAUGAGUGUGUCUGCAGAUUUGGUUUUGCCAAAGACGGAAAAUACGGAUGCAAAGGCUAUGAUGUGUGUGCAAAGGAUGAAGAUGACUGUAGUGACAACGCCGACUGUAAAAGUGUGCCUGGAGGAUUUAUCUGUAAAUGUAAAGAUGGUUUUGAUGGCGAUGGAAAGGUCUGCACAGAUAAGGAUGAGUGUGCUGAUAAAACCUACAACUGUCCUCCUCUACAUGAAUGUGUGAACAGAGACGGAGGGUACAUAUGUGAGUGUAAAGAAGGUUACAAGAAGGAAGGAGAUACUUGUGUCGACAUUGAUGAAUGCAAAACGGGUGCCCAUAACUGUGGUGACCAUGCGAAAUGUACAAACACAAAAGGGGCCUAUGUAUGUGUUUGUGAGAAUGGAUAUACAGCCACACCUUCAGGCUGUGUGGAUGCUGAUGAGUGUGGAACAGGCACAGAUGACUGCCAUGAGAAUGCCAAAUGCCAAAACACCAUUGGGUCUUUCACUUGCACAUGCAACGAUGGCUUCAAGAAAGAUGGAAACUUGUGUAUUGAAAUUGACCAGUGCGCUGAGAAGUCUGUAAAAUGUGGUGAGAAUGCCAUGUGUGUGCCGACUGGAGCCAAACCUCACUGUCAGUGUCGAGUUGGUUUUGAAGGCAACCCUGAUAAAGGCUGUACAGAUAUUGAUGAAUGUUCAGGAAGUAACGAAUGCAGCCCCAGGGCUGACUGUAAAAAUGAACCCGCUAGCUACUCCUGUGAAUGCAAGAAAGGCUACAGAGGAAAUGGCAAAGUCUGUGAUGAUAUUGAUGAAUGUUUUGAGGGUAAAGAUGAUUGCCACGAAUCUGCUGACUGUACCAACACUGGGGGAAGCUUUACUUGUUCUUGUAAACCUGGCUACAAGGGCGAGGGGAAAGCCUGUACACAGGUGAAUGAAUGUACAACAAAUGCUGACAUCUGCAGGGCUAAUGAGAAGUGUGAGGACACAGAAGGCUCCUAUCUGUGUCUGUGUGUGGAAGGCUUCAGGAAAAACUCAGCUGGCUUCUGUCAAGACAUUGAUGAAUGUGCCGAAGGCCUGGCCACCUGUCAUAAGUAUGCAGGAGAGUGUCUAGAUAAAGAUGGAGGCUAUGAUUGUAGGUGUAAAUCAGGAUUUGAGGGAGAUGGACGCAAGUGUACAGAUAUCAACGAAUGUGAGAAGGGGACCAGUGGGUGUCAUGAAAAUGCUACCUGCACAAACAUUGAGGGAGGCUCUACCUGUAGCUGUAAGGCUGGUUUUGAGGGCAAUGGAUAUUCCUGUAUAGAUGUGGAUGAAUGCACCCGGGGUGAACCAUGUGGAGACAGUGCCAUAUGUGGAAAUACCAUUGGUUCCUUUGCCUGUAACUGUCUGCCGGGCUUCAGAAAACGGGACGAUGGGAAAUGUGAAGACGUCAAUGAGUGUGUAGAAACACCAACAGUUUGCCCCAAGAAAGCUGUAUGUUCCAAUUCCAGAGGAGGUCAUCAGUGUGUUUGUCCAAAGGGAUAUGAAUCGGUCAGAGAUGGAAAAGAAUGUAAAAAGGUCAACCCAUGCCUUGUGAACAACUGUAGCCCUGAUGCUGACUGUAUUGAGGAGGAGCUGACCUUCUCCUGUAAAUGCCGGGACGGAUAUGAAGGCGAUGGUGUUCAUUGUAAAGACAAAGAUGAGUGUGCUGCAGCCGAGAAAGCAGAGACGGAUAUUUGUCAUGGGGACAAGUGUGUGAACACAAAAGGAGCCUAUGAAUGCGUUUGCCAUGAUGGCUUUGAACUCAAAGGCGGAGUGUGUACCAACAUCGAUGAAUGUUCGUUGAAGCCGACCCACUCUGCAGCUGCGCGAUGUACCCAGUCAGAAUCCUGUGUGGAUACCAGUGGCUCUUACAAGUGUGAGUGUAAAGCCGGCUACCAGAGGGAAGGGGACAGCUGUGUGAACAUUAACGAGUGUGAAGACGGUAACCGCUGUCACCCCAAUGCAAUCUGUACGGACAGUGUGGGCUCCUUUGGCUGUGACUGCAAGGAUGGUUAUGCUGGCAAUGGCUUCAGCUGUGUGGACAUUGAUGAAUGCAAUGUCAACCCCAAAAUAUGUGGAGAUCCAAAGUUUGCCAAGUGUAGAAAUAUUGGUGGCUCUUAUGUUUGUAUCUGUGGUGAGGGCUAUGAAGAAAAAGAUGGCGCUUGUCGGGAUGUGGACGAAUGUGCAUCACACCUUGCCGACUGUGGCAGUCUGGGUCACUGUCUUAACAUUGACGGUGGACACCUGUGUGAAUGUCCUGAAGGCUAUGAGUUUGUCAAGGAUGAUUGCAGAAACAUAGACGAGUGUGCUUUUGGAACAGACAACUGUGAUGUCAAUGCCCAAUGUAAAGAUACGGAGGGAUCAUUUGAAUGCACCUGUUUGCCUGGUUUCCAUGGAGAUGGGUUAACAUGUGCACAAACUUGUGGUAAAACUACCUGUCCACGAGGAAUGGUGUGUGCUGUUCAUGGUGGCAAACCCACCUGUCAGUGCAAGUGUGAAGGAAAGCGCUGCAAGCGACACGGCAAAGUCUGUGGCACCAACGGGGUGGAUUACCAGUCUGAGAAGGACCUGGUCAUCGCUGCCUGUAACAUGGGACAGGACAUCCAAGUGGACUACAGAGGGAGCUGCAAACGAACCUGUGAUGAUGCGAGGUGCCCACGUCACAAAGAGUGUACACUGAACAAAGCUGGCAAGCCCAACUGUAGAUGUAAAGCCUGUACCAAGGAGGAAGAGGAGUCAGGAGAGGUAUGUACUGACAAGUACCAGCAAUUCUACAGCAUCUGCCACUUCAAACAGUACCAGUGUAAUGAGAGCCCAGAUGAUGACCAGGUUAUCACCUCACUUGGACAAUGCCCAGAUAAAGUCGACUGUGUUGUGGCAGAGUGGGGCCCAUGGCAACCUUGUAGUGUUACCUGUGGUAAUGGUGUGAUCAAGAGAACAAGGGAGAUAAUUCAGGACAAGAUAGGAGAGGGUGAGGCCUGCCCUGUAUUGGAAGAGUCUGGUAACUGUUAUGAGGCUCCCUGCAAAGGAAGUCCAUGUGCCUCCAAGGAGUGCCAGGGACCAGGAGAGGUGUGUGUGACGAGAGGAAAGGAGGCUGUGUGUGAAUGUCCUGACUGUAAAGGACUCGGGGAACAGCCAGUCUGUGGAAUGUACAGUAAUGGGACAAAGACUGUGAAGAACAAGUGUAGCUUAGACAGAGACGCCUGCCUUCUCAAACAGACCGUCUACAUGCUGUACCCUAACAAAUGUGGAGUUGACACACCAAAUCAACCUCUGGAGUGUGGGAUUAUGCCUCACUUUGGCCAUGUGAAAACUAAGGAGGGCUGUGUGACAACCCAACGCCAAGCCAUCAAUAAGUGCUCAGGUGGAUGCGGCAGUGUCACUGGCCAGUGUUGUCACCCGUCCAAACUCCGAAAUGUUUUUGCCGAGGUGAAGUGCCAAGAUAACAAGGUCAAACGAGAACAGAUUCCCCUGAUCAAGGAGUGUGAGUGUGUAUCAGCUGACAAGGUGAAGACCUCGGGAAACAUUGAAGUCGAUGGAUUUCAGUUUAUCUAUAAUACACAAUAAGAAAGACCUGACCUAUUACCUCUCCCAAAUGCACAAAAUAUAAAUAUUUAUGUAAAAUAACUAACCUUAUAAACCAGCUGUGAAGGAUUUCCAUAACAAUAAAUCUGCAUAUGG